UUUCUCGAACUCAACUCAUUCCUCUUCAUCAAUAACGGACUUUCACUAUCUUGUUCAAAGCUUCAAUCUUUUUCAAUUCCUCGCAAUAAUUAUCGCUAAAGUUUUGGUUUUUUUUUAAUUUAUUCUUCAUUUAGCGUAAAAAUAUGGGGGAAGAAAUUCAAGUUCCAAGGGGUGGCCCUAUUUACAUGAUGAAUAUGAUCAGUCCUGUCACUAGAGUUCCUGAAUUUGAGGAUGCUCUUCUUCGCCAACUCCAGGACUUAGUAGCUGAAUUGUGUUUGGAUUCGUCUCAACUUUGUGAUGAUGACCUAGACCUUUCAGUUGAUGAGCUCAAAGUUUAUACUGAAGAAGAGUUGGUAGAGAUCGCUUUAAAGGAAGCCUUUACGGAUGAGGAGAAUGCUGAGAAAUCUUCCCAACCUUCACGAGAGUGCUCCAAUGCAGGGGGAAUUUUGGAUAGGUCUGCAGGAGAGAAUACUUCAAAUUUUGAUUGCUUAAUUGGACAUCAGUCGGAAACAACCUGUAAAGAGAUUGUGAUUGAAAAGAAGUCAAGGAAGAGGAAGAAGAAGGAAAAUCGCCUUAUAGAUAGUUGUAUUCAAAAGGUGGAGCGGCUGGCUUUAAUAAAACAAAAGCAAGAUGAAGACAAAGCUGCAGCAAGACUUCAUUCAUUCAACUCUAGUUGCAAAAGUAAUGAACUUGUCAUUCCGUCUUCAGAUAAAAUUGAAAAGUUUCAAUCCCUCAGGUCUAAAAAUUUUGCAAAGCCAAGGUCAUCAGACAUCCAUGAUCAUGUACCUGUGCAAUAUCCUGAAAUUGUUCUCUGUGUUGAAGUUUAUCAUACCGUACGAAAAGGGGUAAAGACCCAAGAGUUUUUGGUACUAGGACGACAAACCCUGACUGAAUUGAGGGAUAAAAUUUAUUGCUUGACAGACCAAAUGAUGCAGAAGGCUGGAGAGCAUGAUCCUUCUGGAUAUUUCUUGAUAGAAGAUGCCUUUUUCAAUGAUUUAAGGAAUCCUUCUGCCAUAGAUUAUAGCAAACCUGUAUUUGAUUGGCUUGGGAACUCAAAGGAUGAAGCUCUCAAAAAAUGGGAAUGCAUCAUAAAUGGUGAAUUACAGCAGAAGCAGAAGGCAGUCCUUGGUACUGUAUCAACCUCACAUUUGCCUCACUUCAAAGCUUUUCACAUGCACACAACACGGUUUUGUGACUUGAGAUUUCAACUUGGUGCAGCAUAUCUCUACUGUCAUCAGGGAGACUGCAAGCAUACAAUAGUAAUUAGAGACAUGAGAUUGAUUCAUCAGGAGGAUGUGCAGAAUCAAGCAGCUUAUCCAAUAGUUAUAUUUCAGCUGAAACCACGUACACAGAAAUGCAGUGUUUGUAGGAUUUACAGAGCUAAGAAGGUAGCUGUGGAUGACAAGUGGGCCCAAGAGAACCCUUGUUAUUUCUGUGAUUACUGUUAUUCCCUUCUUCAUUCAGGGGAUGGAAUUUCACCAUAUGAAAACUGUUCAGUGUAUGACUAUAUCCAUGAUUAAUUACUUAACAUAUUGCAGAUAACCCCAACUGGUAAUCCAUCCCUUUUUUAUUUAGUAAAUGAGUUGCUAGUUUGGUUGUAGUUGCUGUGAUUAUAGUAGUUGUCACCAUUGUAGGUUCCCUUCUGCAAAAUCAGUUUGACUUUACACCUUGCACAGGUGAAUGAUGUAUCAUGGUGGCCUGAUUGUCAAUGCCAUGGCAGUUUUAUCUGGCUUUUCUUUA